AACGCCCUCGGACCAGCAGAAGUUCCACCAGACCCCUCUUCGAUGUCCCCGUUUUAUGCCUGUGUCCUUCAGAGACGCUGAGGAUGACUGCCGCCUUGAGGACACCUCUGAAACAUCUGAUGCUCCUGAUCGUCAUCAUCUGGCUGUCACCGGUCAGGAGCUGGAUAGUCCCACAGCUGAGAGAAAACAUAUGGGUCACGCUGGCAAAGUCCUUGAAGCAGGACAACUUCUGCAUGGCCAUGGGAAGUGUGGACAAUCCGUUAUCCACGUGCCUGGUAGGAGUCCCCCUGUCGCCAAACGACUAUCCAUAUGCAGGAAAAAAACCUAAUCCUGUGGACACCUGGGAUGAGUGGACGAGGAUUCUGCCACAUGCACCACAGGAGCCCCAAGAAUUGAAUCUAUUGGGCUCCUCUCAGGCAACAUAUUGUGUCAGGUUUAGGUACCAGCCCUCCCAGAAAGACUGGGAUCAAAUGGCUAAACUCCACCCGGCUGGUGCCCAAGAAGUAAAAAGACACGAUGUAUCUCCCCACGAUCAGAGAUACCAUGCAGCAAAUUGGUGCAAUUACACCUCGACCAUCGUAUCUAGGUCCUCCUCAGUUCCCAGGGUGCUCCCCAGGGGGGUUUUUCUCAUCUGCAGCGACAGGGUGUGGGCAGGGAUUCCCUCCCAAAUCCAGGGAGGCCCCUGCAGCCUUGGGCAGCUUACCACACUGACACCGAACAAAACCCAAAUUUUAAAUUGGAAAAAUGAAAAUAAAUUGGCUCGCAAAAAGAGAUCCUAUAACCAAUUCGACGAAAAUUGUGAUUCAAAAAUUUACAAUUGGGGAAAGACGAAGAGAGUCACAGUAUCCAUAUUUUUACCGUGGUAUGCUGCAGCAAAGGCCCUCGGUGAGCUUUCUCACCUCGAGUGUUGGCUCAGUAAGCAGGCCAACGCCACAUCCGCUGCCCUUUCCGACCUGCUAGCGGACGAAGAAGUCACCAGGCACGCCACACUGCAAAAUAGGGCUGCUAUUGACUUCUUACUGCUCGCCCAUGGCCACGGCUGUGAGGACUUUGAAGGAAUGUGCUGCUUCAAUCUGGCAUCAAAGAGCACAUCCAUCCAAGCUAAUAUCCAGCGGAUCCGAGAGCAAGUUGACAACAUCAAGACUGAGACCUCGACUGUAGAUCCUGUGAAUAAACUACUAUCUCAAUGGGGUGUCCCAGGGUGGGUUGCUAUCAUCCUCAAGGGACUCUUUUGGAUCUUUCUGAUAAUGUUCAUUAUCUCGGUUGCUUUAUUUUUGUUUAGACGUAUGUUGCUUAAAACGUUGGGAAGUGCUUAUUUAAUAAAUAAAAACGGGGGAGAUGUAGGAGGAGGGGUUGGGGAAGGCAGUCUAGGGUUGCCAUGGGAAACAGCAGUUGUAUGAGUUCUCCACCCCCUUUUGUAAGAGAAUUGUACCCUCCCCCUGUCCUGUCAGUUAUUGUUCAAGUCUGCCCCUUAGCCUAGAAUCUUCUCUGUUCCACGUUUUCCCUUUGGUUCUUCCACCAAGAACACUCCUUUCCCUUUUCCCCACUGGUUAAUGUUAUAUUUCCCCUCCCUUUAGCCUUCUCCCGAUUGUACCCUCGAAUGCUAAACCCUCCUACCCCUACACAGUAAAAGAAUCCUCACCCCGCCCUUCGGGGCUCUCGGAAUCUGCCUCCCUUCUGCUUCGUUGUCUCCCUGUUUGCCCCUUCUGCGACCCUUCAAUAAACGAGCAGGAUUUCA